AUGCACCGACAACGUGGGCGCGAGGUGAAGCAUCCGGGCUCAAACGAGCAGGCGCGUGGGAGUGCCGGCACGUGCUCCUGAAGCGGGGGGGGAGAUCCACUCCGGCGGCCACACCAGGUUGGAGGUGAGCAUAGUGCUCACGAAGGUGCCUACCGUCAGAGCAGCAGCAGCUCUGAGGGCAGACAGGAUGCCUUCUAUAUCCAUACCUCAAGCAGGUAAAGUCACCAGGCCCAGGAAAAACAGGAGCACAGAGGCAGGGAAGUUGUUUGCUGGCCAGAAUCCCAAAAGGCACUUGUGAAGAAAAUAGACUUAGUUCGGUAUUUUCUCCUAUGUUCUGGGUUUUUCUGCAGUAUUUUGUGCAUGUUGAAUCUAUUGGUUCGGUAGUUUAAAACUACUGAACACCGACCACCCUCCUGGCUCAUUAACUUCAAAAGAACCAUCUAUUAAGCACUCUCUGGGCGGCCCCUGUUCGUAUAGCCGAAUGCCACAUGGAACAGAAAACGGCAGCCAUCUUGUUUGCACGAAAGGAGGCAACAGGACUUGGUCGUCGAGUGUCUGCAACUAAAAUCGGACACUCGACCUCCCGAAAUUUGGAUAUGUUGGUCCCCCAGAUCAGGGCUAUCAGGGGAUAUGUAAUUUGUGGGGAUACCUUGUGUGGAAAGGGGUGUUCUAACUUUUGGGGAAACUGUGUGCCCUCUGCCUGGAGAUAAUUGGGUUAUUAACUUAUCUCAAUAUAUCCGAGGCAGAGAGAGGGUGGGGGUUACUGUAAAGCUGUAUGUUGAUUGGCUAUUGUCUUUGUUUACUGUGGGAGGUUCUCCUGCAAGAGAAUUUCUCAUAAAAGCCAGUGUGUCAUCAAUAAAUGUCAUUCCUGUUACACCCUUCAUGAAGUCUAGGCUCAUGUUUGGGGAAUAUUCUAUUUGCUGGGGAGAAUCAUCUUGGAAGCUGCAUUCAUCUACACUAUUCCUCUACCUCCUACUGCAGUUAUAAUCACUUAUGCUCAGCUAUUGGGGAAGGAAUAGAAGACCGCAGUACCAUAACCACUGCAGGUCUUAACAGCACUGAGGUAAGAUGAUCCCUGCACCACUCCAAAACCAUAACCACUCCCCUACACACAUAACGCCAAUCACCAGCACCAUCCCCACACUCAUACAUGUGCCCUUGUCCAUUUAGCUGUGCUUACUCCCCAGGGCCCAAUUAAUUGCAGCUGAGCAAUGGGUUGGAGACAGCCUGAAUUCUUGGCCUGGACCUUAUGUCUCCCAGUUACUUGUAAACUGAGGAGUGAGGCAAUGGCCCGGCCUACUCUCCAAAUGCUCCACCACAGGGAUCCAUCUCUAAACAGUAUUUUAUCUUGCAUACCACACAUUCUCCCCCUGGGGUUAAAUGCCAUAUGCUUCUCUAGAAAUCUAGGGGAAAUAUACACUCCUUCACUGAUCACACCCUGCAUGUUAUCACAAUAUGUUGAAGUGUCUGUGUAAUGGGGUGAAGUAUGUACUCAAUGUGUUUAGGGUUGAAGUGUGUACUCGAGUGAAGAUAUUAUGUGUGGGAUGAAGUGUGUGGGGGUGUACUACAUGUGUAUGGGAGGUGUACUCUCUGUGGGUGUGAGAGUACUGCAUGUGGGGGGUUCACUGUCUGUGAUGGUGUACUGUGUGUAGGGGGGUGUAGGAAGUGGGAUAGGGAGGGGAUUUACUUUAUUUACUUUAAUAAUAAUAUUUUUUUUAAUUCAAAUGUUCUUGUUCUUGCAGGGAGUGGCUGGCACAAACAGAUCCGUGGUGGUUCAGAGGGCUGCCUGUCCACCGGGUGCAGGGGAGGUCAUGUGAUGAGAGGUAUCUGGCUCCAGCACUAACACAGACUGGCCCAUUAACACACAGACAGACUGCCCCCUUCCCCCACCCCCCCCCCCACACACACAAACUGACACAUACACACUGACUGACCCAUACAUGCACAGACUGGCCCACAAACACAGACUGACCCAUACACAGACUUACCUAUAUACAGACACAGAGAGUGACCUUUACAUAUACACACUCAGACUGACCUAUGUACAUACAGACUGACCUAUACACACAGAGCGACUGACCAAUACAUACACACACACACAGAUUGACAUAGAAACACAGACACAGGCCCCCUCUAGUGCUCUGGGCCCCAGUGCAGUCACACCGGCUGCAACAGCGGUAGUUCCACCAAUGAUUAUAUUAACAAUUUUUUAUGCUAUGUUAAGUAUAGAUAAUAAACUGUUGGACCAGGUAUAAAAUAUAGCUGUUUAAAUACUAGGGAGUAGUGAUGUCCCGAACUGUUCGCCACGGACUCAUCAUUGAGUAAACUUUGACCCUGUACCUCACAGUCAGCAGAGACAUUCCAGCCAAUCAGCAGAAGACCCUCCCUCCCAGACCCUCCCACCUACUGGACAGCAUCCAUUGUGAAGCUGCAUUCUUAGUGAGCUGUCCAGGAGGUGGGAGGGUCUGCGAGGGAGGGUCUGCUGCUGAUUGGCUGGAAUGUGUCUGCUGACUGUGAGGUACAGGGUCAAAGUUUACUCAAUGAUGAGUCCGUGGCGAACCGUUCGUGGCGAACCAUUCGGCGAACAGUUCGGGACAUCACUACUAGGGAGCUAUCUGAAUAACGUUACUCCAUAUAUAUGAAAAUAGAAAAAGGAAAAGAAAAUAACAGGUAGCAAAAAUAUUAUAAUACUCAUUGGUAGUAAUAAUUUCUGGACACCUGGGAGUUUGUUAGGCUUGUAAUGCCAGGUGGUAAUAAUUGAUGGACCCCGGGAGUUUGUUAGGCUUGUUGCGGUCAUUGUGAGUGGUAAAAUAAAGUCACUGCUCGGGUGGAUGAGGGCUCUGAGCAAAGCGGGGUGUGAACCCCAGGAUUUUAGAGAUAUCCAAGUGGAACAGGCCUGCCCCAAUGACUCAAGGAGGUCAAGUGUGCAUAAGUGUGUCUCCAACUCUUGAUAGCUCUGCGCUGUGUGGAUAUUUCCUUGGUGAAUAAAUAGGAGCACUCUCAGUAUCCUCCAUCUAUAAGGAAUGUCCCUGGUAAGGAGGUCCUGUAAGAGGGGUCUCAGGGACCUGUUCUAGGUAAGAGAGUUCCUCAUUAGAUCCUGAAACAUCAGGAGUGCUUCUAAAGUUAAUCUGUUUUUUCCCUUCAUGCAGUGAGGUGUAGAGCCUUGUCCUUAAAUCGAUUGUAAUCAAAUAAUGAGGUCUGAAGUUGCGGAUGGUGGCGUGUUCGACAGUUUUGGCAAGCAAUAUAAUGAUAUUUUAAAAUUUUGGCUUCUUAAAAGUUGCUUAAUGAAGUGCAGUAGGUCGAUUUGACCCAAUUUCUCUGGUAUACCCCUAAUCUUUAAAUUGUAUGUAUUCUCUGAUCCUCAAGUUUCUACUCUACCGAGGACAGCCUGGAAUCAUGAGUACUAGUAGAGGCAUCCAGCAGAGUGAUCCUCGUGGUGGCUUUCUCUAUGGUGUCCUUAAAGUGGGCUAUGUCCACUGCAAUGUUUCAGCCAACUUAUUUUUCUUCAGGGCAGAUGUGACCAGUUCCCAGUCCUCUGGUGCAAUGGAUUUAGCCCCUGGCAACAAGCCGAAUGAGGCACCCUCUCCCGGCUUGAAGUAG